GUGCGCAAAUGCUACAUCCGUUGCGGACGUCUGAUCCUGCAGGAGUCCGGGAAGCGAGGCCUGGAGCAAUCAUCUUGUAGUCAUGUCGGCCUCAGUGGUGUCCGUCAUUUCGCGGUUCUUAGAAGAGUACCUGAGCACCACUCCGCAGCGGCUGAAGUUGCUGGACGCCUAUCUCCUGUAUAUAUUGCUGACUGGAGCGCUACAGUUUGGUUACUGUCUCCUCGUGGGGACCUUCCCUUUCAACUCUUUCCUCUCGGGCUUCAUCUCUUGUGUGGGGAGCUUCAUCCUAGCGGUGUGCCUGAGAAUACAGAUCAAUCCACAGAACAAAGCGGACUUCCAAGGCAUAUCCCCAGAGAGGGCGUUUGCUGAUUUUCUUUUUGCCAGCACAAUCCUGCACCUUGUUGUCAUGAACUUCGUUGGCUGAAUUGUUCCCAUGCUUAAUGAGGAGACGACUGGGAAAAUGUUCACUUUUUAAUGUCUCCUGGAUACGAUUUCUUAGAUGGAUGUUUCAGAUUUGUGUUCAUUACCAGCCCUGCUCUGGUGUGUAGGUGGAGGGCCCCGAGGUUCUCGCACCAGCUUCGUGAUGGAUAUUUGUUACCAGGACCUUCGCAUUGUUACUGUUUACCCUCCAGAUUAAAACAUUUUGUGCCAUCCUCC